GCUGGCGGUCAGACGCCGCCGCUGACGCCGCUCGGUGACGCGGUGAUGACGGUGAUGACGGGUGGUGCCGGGGCGCUGGUGAUGUCUCCUCUCAAAGGCUGCUCGCCGCCGACCGCAGGAGGCGGAACCCCGCCGCCUUUUGAUCUGUUUCACUCCAGUUUACCCGAGAAACUGAAAGCGACCAUCCCCAAAUGUGGCGGCUGCGAGAAGCCCAUUGUGGACCGGUUCAUUCUGAAGGUGCUGGACCGCUGCUGGCACAGCUCCUGCCUCAUCUGUGCCGACUGCGGCGCCAAGCUCGCCGACAAGUGCUUCGUCCGAUCGGGACAGGUGUUCUGCAAGGAAGAUUUCUUUCGACGGUACGGGGCCAAGUGUUCCGGGUGCGACGCCGGCAUCCCUCCCGACCAAGUGGUGAGACGCGCCCAGGACAACGUCUACCACCUCAGCUGCUUCGUCUGUGUGCUCUGCAACGGCCAGCUGAACACAGGAGACGAGUUUUACCUCACCGAGGACGGCAAGCUGGUCUGCAAGGACGACUACCAGCAGGCCAAGCAGCGCGGUGAUGCCGAGGGCGACUCAACCAACAAGCGGCCACGGACGACGAUUACGGCCAAACAGCUGGAGACGCUGAAGGUGGCCUACAACAACAGUAGCAAGCCGGCACGGCACGUUCGGGAACAGCUGAGCCAGGAGACCGGACUGGACAUGCGCGUCGUGCAGGUCUGGUUCCAGAACAGGCGAGCCAAGGAGAAGCGGCUGAAGAAGGACGCUGGCCGUUCCCGCUGGGGUCAGUACUUCCGAAACAUGAAGCCCGGAGAGAAGCGGCGGGGAGGCGGCAGCGGAGAGAAGACCUCCGAGUCCGACGACGAUACCGUUUAUAACAACAACGACGAUGAGCUGACGCUCGACUACCCCCACACGCCGAGCUCGUGUGACAUGGAGCCCGGACAGGUGGUCAGUCCGCACGUGCAGCAUCCACACCACUUCAUGCACGGCCCGGGCACCCCUCCGUACGUGCCCGGUACGGGGUCACCGGGGGCAGGUCACCGGCUGGCCAUGCCCCCUGCCGUGUUCCCACCAUUCGGGGACGGCUCGGCUCUACAGUUCCCGCCGCAUCUCGGCCGGCCGGGCCCGCUGCCUCCUCACAUGGCCGGAGAGAUCAGCAGCGCCUCUAGCACCGCCGGCUACCCCGAGUUUCCACCCAGUCCCGAGUCGUGGCUGGGGGAGGUGGAGCCGGCGCCGCAGCCGCAUCCCUACUGACGGCCCGCGCCCUACCGGCCGUGACAGUGACAGACCGUGACGGGCCGUGUGACAGACCGUGACGGGCCGUGAGGAGACAGCCAAUUCCUGGUCCUGAGAGACUAGUGAGCGUGACACUCACCUGGCUGCAUCUAUUACUUGAAACUUGGUUGUGCUGGGCUGCUUUAAGUUUGUGAGGCAUUUUAGUAGCACAAUUUCUUAUUUCCCGUGAUAUUGAAAGCCAUUAGAUGUCCCUCACUUAGUACUUCUUUCUUACCUGCCAAUGUUCUUUGUCUUAUCUUCUAAAACUUAAGCUUGUGUCGCAGCGAAGCCAGUCUCCAGGCUGGCAGCCACGUCUCAUCAACAUCCAUCUUUAGUUCUCUAACGAGAGCUACAUAACCAUGGGAAACCAGUGCAAUCUUCGACAUUUGUCCAACUGAGAGACAAAGCCCUUGCCUCCGUACAAGGCCCGCAAACAAGGGAAACACUCAGCCGGCGGGCGCGGCGCUACGGGCUGCUUCGCAGCAACACCUCCGUUUCAUAUCGGGCCCUGUGGCGCCCCCUGCACAGACCUCUCCCUGCGCUUGGAGGCAUGACUGCUAGCGUCACCUAUAAACUUGUGCGCCACGUGAUAGCGACGCCUAGCGGUGACCGGAGGAACUAUGAUGUCGGUCAGACUUGACACAGACAUUGCACAGUAGCGACAAGCGUUGCGUGGACAUUUCGUGUGUAUAUUAUUGUGUUUAUUGUAUUGAAGUCGGUGAAUGGAGCGCCACAGUGUAUGUGUUUGAUGGGGCAGAUAUUGAGAGAGGAAAUCAGCGUCCAGUGUUUAGCCGGUCUCACAGGAAAAGUGCAUUCCCUAGGCAAUUAGGCACCUUCGCGCAGGCAGGCGCUAAGUGCCAGCCUUAAAGUCUCGGAGCAUGAGAUACACUCGCGGAGUCGAGCUUGAGAUUUAUGUGUCGUGCAUACCGACAGCUUUUCAACUGAGUUGAAUAAUCUCGACCUUUAAUAAAGGACGCAUAAUCAUAAUUAUGUACCCGAAUUUAAACACGCAUACAAGAACUGUCUAGUCAAUUCUAAUCAUGCGCACAUUAUUUAUCAUUGGUGUCAUGUAUGUUGUUAUAUUUUAUAUGAGACAUAGCCGAUAAUGCGUGGUAACAAUGUCGAAAUGUUGUACUUUUCAUGAUUUUCAACAGGAAGCUUGUGAACUUUGUGAAUAAAGAAGUGUGCAGCUAUCACUCAAACCAUUAUGUAGAAAAUGAGCCAUCGCAGCUUUGACGUUUCAUAGGUGAAUUUCUGCAACUUUUACCAUCUCUAUAUAAACCUAAGUUACACAUCCAUAAAAUACUCGUUUAAAGUGUGCGAAUCUCUAAACUCCAACAAUUCUACCGCAUGCACCCAUCUAUAGAAUGACGUGUGCAUGACCACAUGUACUGUUAGCACUUAAUGCUGUUUUCAUAUCACAUACCAUGACUCUGUGUCUGUGUGUGUGCGUGGUCAUCAGAUGAGUCGUCGCCUUUUGUGUUACCACCUACCACAGCAGUCAGCAAGGCGGCAAAUGGCGUCUUCUGGGGUUCAAACUUCAAAAGAAGGCCCGCAGAGGACCGAGACAUGCCGUCUUCUGAGUGUAUGCCGUAUAUUGAUUGAUGGAAUGGAGUCGAUAUGCCUGUCGUGAGUAUGUGUCAUGUGUGCAUCGUCUGUGGGUGACUAGGCUGUACGAACAGCUGAUCUGCCGACAAUACAGUGGAAU